GUAUCAUACUCGAGUACCGGUGCUCGUACCCUUUACUCGAGUACUUUUCCUGCCCCCACCCGCUAUUUAUUGCUGCCGAGAUGAGGGCGAGAGACUUCUGGUUGGUUACCUACUCCAGAUGAUGAGCCCGCCAAGAAACACGGGAUCACGUGCAUUGUUACUCCCUCUCAAUUUUCUUGACACCCUCCGAUCAAUUGGCGAACCCUCCGUGCCCUCCUUCCAAGCUUCAGGUGUCAAACAACCACCACAAAGCUCGACAACACACACGGUGGAGCCCUUUCAGGGGAAGAGGACAAAAUUCAGAACACCCGCGCAGAGGAACCACAACCAUCACAAAUCCCCUUGUGUCUUAUCACCAACAGCAUCACCGGAAGGCAAAUAUGCUCAAGCGAGCGCGCCCAGAGGAUGAUGGGGAAAACGAGCAUACCCUUUCAUCUUCCUGCGGAAUGCUGAACGGGUCAGUAGCAGUGACGGGUUGUUUGGGGGUUCGCUCUCCGAGUGCUAAAAAACGUCGGUCAAAACUCCAACUCAGAACACACCCAUCCUUCCCCUCUACAAAAUUAACCGUUACUCCACCCGCAGCCACUACCGCGAUCGAAGCUUCCUACGUAUUUUCUCCUCCGGUCGAGGCUCAGAGUCCUUUUUAUUAUGGUGGUAGUAACAAUGAUGAUAAUAGUCAGGAUAUGGACAUGACGGAUGAAUUGCACGCUCCGUAUUCGGUUAUUAUUGGGCCUCCAACGCCUGUUAGUGAUGGGGGUGAGGGGGAAGGUGAUGUGGAAAUGAAGGAGGCGUCUGACACAGGAAGGGAGGGAGAUAAGGACAAAGAGAGGGAGAAGCAGAAGCCCAAGCUCAGGAUGGGGUAUUUGGCGGAUUGCGAGAAGUGUAGGCUGAGGAUCCCAGGGCAUUACAUUCAUUACUAGGGUAUCAUCUUUUCCUUCUUCGACAUUUUCCUGUCCGGAGUUCAAGGGUGUUUAUUUAUUUAUUUGCCUUUUUUUUUAUCUUUUAUCCCCCAUCUCUGCGAUCAGUACGCUGCGUUUUAUUUUGUCCUUCUAUUUUUAUUUGUUUGCACCCAUUCAUGGAAACUGUGCUUUAGUCCUGUCUCGAUACAGAUUGCAGUGAAUUUGCUUUUAUUUUAUCUUGUCAUAUUUUCGUGGAAUAUUCUUGAUUACACGGUGGUUGGGGUCUUCUGCUGCGAAGGAAUCCCGAUGCUUCUAGGUCAAGGCAUUGCUUUGGAGUUCUUUAUAUACUAUCCAUUACAUUGCAUUUUCUUCUAAAGCGAGCUGUUACAAGAUACUUGUUAAUGCACUUGUACCCGAAAUACAGGGUUUUCUAGAUACCUCUUUUGUUUUUUUGUUUUUUUGUUUUUUUCUUCCCUCUUUUUCUCCCCCCCACCUGAUAAUGGAUGGGGGGCGGUGGAAGUAGAUGGGAUGGGAUGGGUUGGGAUAGCAUGAUAGAAGAAUCUUAGAAUACAAUUGCCCAGAAUCAACUUCACGAGAGUGAAGCGAUUAGCUAGAAGACUACAAA